UUUACAUUCUGAACAUUUCUAAUCAAGUAUUUGGCAAAAUACGAUCUAACUUACCUAUAUCGAAUAACUACGACAUUUUAAACAGUAUUUUAUUUUUAUUUUCGCAGUUUCUACGAUUUAUAAAAUCACUAUAAUGAAAUUAUCAAAUUGUAUUGUUUUAGCUUACAGUAUUUGCAUUUCAACGAAUGUUGUUUUUGUCAAGAGUGAAAAUAACACGAGUGAUCACAAUAUUUCAUCUAAUGCAACUUUUGAAAAAGGCAAAAAUGACACGAAUAUUCUUACUAAUCAAGAUGCCACUGACUAUCAUAUCGAAUUGCAUCCGUUCAUAUCUAAAAUGUUGCAAGAUUCAUUUUUGAAAGAGUUCAGCUUGAUUAUGAAGAAUAAAAACGAAGAAAUUCGAUCUUUGAACGAACAAAUUGUAGAAAAGGAUAAAAUAAUUCAACAAUUUCAACCUUCUACUUCUACAAAAACUACGAAUGGUUCGCCUCCUUUGAAUCAUUUAGAAUCUUGGGCUUUGAAAGAUUUCGUGAAAAAAAGAUUGAGAAAUGUUUUCGAAAAGGAACUCAACGAUAUUAUCAAAGAAAAAAACUGUCAAAUUUAUCUGCUGACGGAAUUGCUCAAAGAAAAAGAAAAUACCGUAGCAUUACAAAGGCGCGUACGACAAAAUCCAAAGAUAGCUACUUACGGCCCUAUGGGAAUAGGCGAACCAUCAUGGGAAAUUUGAAAGGACCCUUUUAUUUGGAAUUCAAAAUAUCGUCGUAUUGUGAAUAUUAUGUUAUUGGUCGUAGAUUCGCGAAAACCAUUAGGUAUAGUAGGUACCUACAAUCGAAGUUGGCGGACGAUUUGGAAAUUUUUAAAUGCUCAAUUAUGUUGUUUUAUAAAUUCAAAAAAUUUUAAUGUUAGGUACAUGAAGACAUUUAUAUUAUUAGUUUUACCUCAAUUUUUUUACUUAAGUAUAAAAUAGGUACCUAUUCAAUCUCCGUCAGUCUGUGCGUCAAUUCGAAAUGAAGAGUUUUAUGAGUAAACGUCAAGUACACCUUUGAAAAAAUGAGAACUUGAAUAACACAAGCUCAAGUACAAAUAGGAAAUGCGGUUAAUUUAUAGCAAUAGAUUGGUAAAAAAUCGCAUCCUUGCAUUUUCUACCAUUUACCCCUGUGAAAACAAUAAUAAAAUAAAAUUACGAAUUUCAGUUCAUAUGAAUAAAAA